UCGUCAACUUGCUAGAACCCUAAGAUCUCGUAUGCUGCUGCAUCCUGCCUAUAAAUACGCUUCGUCUGCACGCGUAGCUCUCCUCAUCACAACGCACUCGAGCUCUAGCAUUCAUCCAUGGCGUCGGCGUCCAAGGCUUCUUUACUGGUGUUCGCUCUCCUUCUCGCUGCUGCUUUCGUCCACGUCGCCUCCGCUGAAGAAACUCACGACGAUCACGGCGGCGGUGACGACCCGCCGCCGUCGCCGGACCACGAAGACCCUCCGCCGUCUCCGGACCACUACGGCGGUGGCGGGUACGACGUGUGCAAAGGCAAGGGGUGCUGCGACUGGUCCGGCGGCGAGUGCAAGCACUACUGCGACGGCCACGACGGCUCGUCGUGCUGCGACGACUGGUCCGGCGACUGCCACAAGUGCUGCUCCAUGUAAGCCGGCCGGCCGUUCGAUCGAGAGCUCGCUCCGUCUGCAGGUGUGCAGCAUACAUAUAUAUGUCAGAAUAAACUCAUGCACCUAGCUAAUUAAUUAAAUAUAUAGACGUAUGUACUUUUGUACAUACGUACGUAUACUGUACCAUGAUGAAAGUAUUAAUCUGCGAGAUUAAUACUUCGAUCCUACGAAAAUACGUGCACGAAGCUAGGUGUUACAGUAUUGUUCAAUAAAUUAAAUAAAGGAAGGCAUGUGUGUACGGAUCGUUAGUACGGUCCGUACGUCUGUGAGCUCUUCCAAAGCUACAUGUAUCAUGUAAGUUGUAACUUGAAUAUGUGUGAUGAGAGAGUGGUCUCCGCAUAAUUUUCAAAAAA